GACUGACCGAGUUCCCUGUCCUGGCCGAGAUCCCGGACCGAUAUAGUAGGUUGUAUAAUGUGACUUCCACCCUAUUAGUAUCCACGUCCAGGUACCACGUCGCAGCGUCACCGCAAGUACUGCCAGUGCCACUUGAAGUUGAAGCUGUUCUUGUUGUCCCCAGUUGUUGCUGCAUAGGUAGCAACAGGAGCUCGAGCCCUACAAACCGUUCCCCGGGGCCCUCCUCUUCCUGAAGAUGGCUUACAAGCCUCCGCAUGCUCGAGCACACCGGGUGUACAAACCCGGCAAACGGCACAUGGAGCUCAUGCCCUCUCUGAGUAGGAGCAGCGGCCUGGACAAAGACGGGGAUGCGCUGAGGGACCGUGCCGUCCAGGAGGAAUAUCGUGCAUUCAUUGAGGGCAAGGUCAACGAACACUGGAAGCGCCACCCCCAUGGGGCGAGCGGAAGAGAUGUGGAUGCGACAAAACAUCGUCAGGAAGAGCAGGAGAAUAUCUUGAUUUUGUUCAGAAAGCUCAGGGAAGGACUCCUUGCAACCGACCGUAAGGACGCAUUUGCAGUCGAAGUAUACGAAACAUCUCUCCAUCUCUCGAUUCUGUUCCGCUCCGACAAACAGACGACGUCCAUUCUCUCUCAUCUCCUCCCACACCUCUACCUCGCGCGUCCUGAAGUCCCAGAGUUUACUCAUGGGGCGCUCUCGACGACACUCUUGUCUCUCUUUCACCACCUCCUCCUAGGCUACCCCUCGCAGACUCGGUUCCAUGAGCACCUACAUUCCCUGCCUCGCACGUUCCUCCCCCGCGACGGCGCAGCGUAUCGAUGGCUCGCCCACCUGACGCACUGUCUGCGCACGAGCAACUACGCCAAGUUGCAAGAACUUACGGACCGCGGUGCAUUCGAACGGUUCUUCGAGGCUUCGACAGAGGCAAGUGGAGGUAGAGGCGCUCCCGUUAGAACCGGCGACCAUUCCGACAAGCCGGAGGGUGCUCGUCAACGUGCAGGACCGUACAACCUUGCACUGGAGGCCAUGUACACACUCGUCGAGGGAGUUCGCGCGAAGGCUCGCGCGACAGUGUGGCUCAUCAUGCGCAGCGCGUACCGAGAGUUGCAUUGUCUUCCUCCUCCGGUGAACUCGUCGAAGACAGGUGCCGAGGAGCCUUCACCGACGAGUGAAUGGCUCGCGCGUUCCUUGGCGCUGCACUCUCUUGGAUCUACUGCAGCAGAUGUUAAUGAGAUGAUGCAGAUGGUGGAUGAGUGGUUGGCGCAGAAGUGUGACCAGGGUGAGGUGAAGCGGAAGGAAGGCGCGGAAGGGAGGUGGAUCGUUUGCAAAGUGGCUGUGAAAGUAUAAUAUACAA